AUGUACACCUCAACUCUUCUCCUCUCAACCCUCGCGGCCCUCGCCGCCGCCGAGACUAGUGCCAGCUCCACGGUGAUCAGCUACUUCGGCGCCUCCUACACCUUCUCGGACGUCCCCGUCCGCACCUCCACCAGCUACGCCGGCAGCGUGAUCGGCAUCGACGCCGUCGCCACAACCUACGAAAUCAACUGUCUCAGCGGCGCCCCCACGACCGACUGCAGCCUGUCCAAGCCGCUAACGCUCAUCGCCGGCCCCAGCACCUUCAGCUUCUCGGAGCCGUUCUACGCGAGCGUCGAAGUUGACGGCGUGACGGUCACUGAGAAGGGCGGCGAGGAUCUUGCUUGCACCUUCACCCACUCUUCUGAGUCGGCGAAAUGCACCGUCCGUAUGGAUAUCACGGCCGAGGGCGCUGGCGUCACGACUACGACGAGUUUUUCUACUGUCGAGACUGUUCCCAGCAGCGAUGUCUUGUAUCAGACGCUGACUGUGACGGGUGGUUUGGCGUCGUUUACGGCGGCUGCGGCGACGUCGACGCCUAACGCGGCUGCGGCGAUGGUUACCGCCGCGCCCAUGGGCGCUGCUGCGGUCGUUGCGGUCAUCGCGCUGCUGUAA